AUGUCUAACAUGUCACAAUGUCCUCACACUAACAGGGAAAUAGUGUCAAACAUGUCACAAUGUCGUCACGCUAACAGGGAAAUAGUAUCAAACAUGUCGAAACAUCGUCACACUAACAGGGAAAUAGUAUCAAACAUGUCACAACAUCGUCACACUAACAGAGAAAUAGUGUCAAACAUGUCACAAUGUCGUCACACUAACAGGGAAAUAGUGUCAAACAUGUCACAAUGUCGUCACACUAACAGGGAAAUAGUGUCAAACAUGUCACAACAUCGUCACACUAACAGGGAAAUAGUGUCAAACAUGUCACAAUGUCGUCACACUAACAGGGAAAUAGUGUCAAACAUGUCACAAUGUCGU